AUGUCAAUUGUUGGUGUCAAGCAACUCAUCUCCAAAGCUUUGAGCUCGUCAAGGGAGUCUUCUCCCCUUGGAGUCAAUGAAAACUCUUCCUUGUUGAAUAAACAAGUCAAUCCUAAUAAUUAUACAGAUAAUAAUGCCAGUGAUGGAAAUACUGUUGCUGAUGUUACUGGUGGUAGCAGGCAUUCGGAUUUGGAAUCUGCUACAGAGUCAUCAACGAGGGACCAAUCGAGUAAACCGUUCCCCUUGAACUAUUUAUCAUCAGUAGACCCACGUACAAUGAGUGAUUUGAUUAUUGGACUAUCUGAUGGAUUGACUGUUCCCUUUGCAUUGACAGCGGGGUUGUCCUCAUUGGGCGAUACAAAACUAGUUAUUACUGGUGGGUUAGCGGAAUUGGUAUCUGGUGCAAUUUCCAUGGGGUUAGGAGGUUAUUUGGCUGCCAAAUCAGAAAGCGAGUUUUAUGUCUCUCAAGUACGUAAGGAGAAGCAAAUAUUUUUCCAAAACCAAGACACUAUAACCGAUGAGCUGUUUGAUAUCUUAAUAGAUAUGGGUGCAAGUGAGGAAACAUCAGAGAGUUUCAUCAAUGAUUUAUCAAACAAUCCACAGAAAAUGAUUGAUUUCAUAAUUCAAUAUGGCAAAGGCUUGGAGGAGCCUCCAGAAGGCAGAAUAUUAUCAUCUGCCUUGACCAUUGGGGCAGGCUAUUUCUUUGGAGGAUUUGUUCCUUUGAUACCCUACUUCUUUCUGGCAACAGUGGGUAAGGCAUUGUUGGCUUCUGUUGCGCUGAUGCUUGUCACCUUGUUUUGGUUUGGAUAUUUCAAGAGUGUCAUAUCAAUGGGCGAAGAUUGCUCGAAAUGGACUAGGGUGUCUGAAGGGUUCCAAAUGAUUCUAGUAGGCUCUAUAGCUGCCGGAUCUGCUUGGUCUUUGGUUUAUUUGAUUGAUUCUUAG